AUGGAUUUGGUCUUGGAAGUCGCUGACCAUUAUGUCUUGGACGACCUGUACGCUAAGAUCCUACCCACGUCGCUGGCUGCCAGCAUCCCUGCCAAAUGGCAGAACUGGCUGACUUUGAACAGCGGGUUUACCAACUCUACCAUUUUGCAACAGACGCUGAACUCUAAGAAUGCCGUCAAGGAGUGCAGAAAAUUCUACGGGCAGGUGCCCUUCUUGUUCGACAUGUCCAGCACUACAUUUGCGUCGCUUUUACCCCGUUCCAACCUGAUAAGAGAAUUUUUUUCACUAUGGGCCAUCGUCACCAUCUUCGGUCUUCUACUGUACUUGUUCACCGCUAGUGUCAGUUAUGUCUUUGUCUUCGACAAGUCCAUCUUCAACCAUCCUCGUUACUUGAAAAAUCAAAUGGCCAUGGAAAUCAAGUUGGCCGUCAGCGCCAUUCCAUGGAUGUCGAUGUUAACUGCCCCAUGGUUUGUCAUGGAAAUGAACGGCCACUCCAAGCUUUACAUGGACAUCGACUACGAAAACCACGGUGUGAGAAAGGUCGUCAUCGAAUACUUCACCUUCAUCUUUUUCACCGAUUGCGGUGUCUACUUGGCCCACAGAUGGUUGCACUGGCCAAGAGUCUACCGUGCUCUACACAAGCCUCAUCACAAGUGGUUGGUCUGCACACCUUUUGCCUCCCAUUCUUUCCACCCUGUGGACGGGUUCUUACAAUCCAUCUCUUACCACAUCUACCCAUUGAUCCUGCCAUUACACAAGGUUUCCUAUUUGAUUCUGUUUACUUUCGUCAACUUCUGGACUGUCAUGAUCCAUGACGGCCAAUACUUGUCAAACAACCCUGCUGUGAACGGUACAGCGUGCCACACAGUCCACCAUCUAUAUUUCAACUACAACUAUGGUCAAUUUACCACUCUCUGGGAUAGACUGGGUGGUUCAUACCGUAGACCAGAUGACUCAUUGUUUGACCCUACUUUGAGAGACUCCAAGGAGACCUGGGAUGCUCAAGUUAAGGAAGUCGAACAGUUCAUCCAGGAGGUUGAAGGUGACGAUAAUGAUAGAGUUUAUGAAAACGAUCCAAACACCAAGAAAAAUAACUGA